AUGCAAAGGCAGCCGGCGGUGGCGGAUGGGCGCUCCAGGCCGUGUGGGGAUCGCCGUGCGGGGCCCGUAGCCCGCCGCCGCCGCUAGCCCGCCGCCCAGCCGCGCCUCAGCGCCAAGAUGGCGUCCAUGCUGCUACAGACCUGCGGCCGGCGGGCCUGCCGCCUGCCCCGAGCGCUGCGCCGCCAGCCCCAGCUGGGAAACCUGGGAGAUCGGGCAUGUCUUAGCUGUACAUCCCUGAGGCUGGCAAACAAAAUGACUGUACACUUUAAAUAUUGCACUAGUGUCCCUCCUGUUUACGCGUGUUCCAAAAAAGAUCGUUACUGCUGUUGGACUAAAGGAUCUCAACAAAUACACUUUACUCUUAGGAGCUCUUCUGCCUCAUGGACGCCACAAGCAACCAUGGGUGUUUUAGGUCCCCAGUAUCUUCCAGUUAGGUGGUGGCAUUCUUCACCUCCCCUUCAAGAUGACUCCAUAGUUGAAAAGUCACUGAAGUCCUUAAAGGACAAAAACAAGAAGUUGGAAGAGGGAGGUCCUGUCUAUAGUCCAACAGAAGUGGAAGUUGUGAAAAAAUCUAUUGGAGAAAGAAUUGUGGAUGAACUGAAGCACUAUUACCAUGGCUUUCGAUUACUGUGGAUUGACACAAAAAUAGCUGCGAGGAUGCUCUGGAGGAUACUUCAUGGAAACACUUUGUCUCGACGAGAACGGAGACAGUUCCUUCGAAUAUGUGCCGAUCUUUUCCGCUUGGUCCCUUUCCUAGUGUUUCUUGUUGUCCCAUUUAUGGAAUUUUUGCUUCCAGUAGCUCUUAAGUUGUUCCCUAAUAUGCUUCCCUCUACAUUUGAGACAAAGUCUAAAAAGGAGGAAAGAUUGAAGAAAGAAUUAAGAGUAAAGCUUGAACUGGCCAAGUUCCUUCAGGACACGAUUGAGGAGAUGGCCUUAAAAAAUAAAGCAGCCAAAGGAAAUGUUACAAAAGAUUUUUCAGCGUUCUUUCAAAAGAUCAGGGAGACUGGCGAAAGACCCAGUAAUGAGGAGAUCUUAAGGUUCUCUAAACUGUUUGAAGAUGAGUUGACUCUGGACAAUCUAACCAGGCCUCAGUUGGUGGCACUUUGUAAAUUGUUGGAACUUCAGUCAAUUGGGACUAACAACUUCCUCCGCUUCCAGCUGACCAUGAGGUUGAGAAGCAUAAAAGCAGAUGACAAAAUGAUUGCUGAAGAAGGCGUUGACAGCCUGACUGUUAAGGAACUGCAGGCAGCUUGUCGUGCCCGAGGUAUGAGAGCUCUUGGUGUGACAGAGGAGCGACUUAAGGAGCAGCUUAAACAGUGGCUAGAUCUGCAUCUGAACCAGGAAAUCCCUACUUCGUUGCUAAUUUUAUCCAGAGCCAUGUAUCUUCCAGAUACCCUUUCUCCAGCUGAUCAACUCAAAACAACACUUCAGACACUACCAGAGAGUGUUGCCAAAGAGGCUCAGGUCAAAGUGGCAGAAGUUGAAGGCGAAAAGGUAGAUAACAAAGCACGGUUGGAAGCAACACUUCAGGAAGAGGAAGCCAUCAGGAAAGAAAAUGAAGAAAAGGAGAUGGAAAGAAUGUCUGAAGCUGCAGAGAAAGCCAAAGAGACCAUUCAGGUUGCAGCUGUGAAAGAGGUGGAAUCAGCAGUAGAUCUUGAAGCAGCUGCUCAGCAAGCUAAAAGAAGUCAGAUACUUGUGGAUACUGAACAAGAGCUGGCAAGGGCAGAUGCGACGAUGCUCUCGGAGACACUGAAAGACACAGCACCAGUAUUGGAAGGCAUCAAGGGUGAGGAAAUCACUAAAGAGGAGAUAGAUGUGCUAAGUGAUGCUUGCACCAAGCUUCAGGAACAGAAAAAAUCACUAACAAAGGAAAAGGAGGAGCUUGAAGAAUUGAAGGGUGAUAUCCAGGAGUACAAUGAGGAUCUGCAAGAGAUAAAAGAACUCUCAAAAACUGGUGAGGAGGACGUGGUGGAAGAGUCAAAAGCAAGCAAGCGAUUGACCAAGAGAGUGAACCGAAUGAUUGGUCAGAUAGACAAAAUCAUUAAUGAAUUAGAGACAAAUCAAAAGGCAGGAGAUGCAAAGCUGGAUAGUGGUGAGAGUCCUCCUGCUGGGGAGAAUCUCAUCAGUAUUGCUGAGCUCAUUAAUGUGAUGAAGCAUAUUCAGAAGAUUCCAGAGGAGAAGCUAACUAGGAUUGCAGAGGCACUAGAUGAAAACAAAGAUGGCAAAAUUGAUAUAGAUAAUGUUGUUAAGGUAGUAGAGCUGAUUGACAAAGAAGAUAUUGAUAUUGGCACCAGUCAGGUUGCUGAGAUUAUGGCACUGCUUCAGAAAGAAGAAAAACUGGAAGAAAAAGAGAAAGCCAAGGAGAAACAUGAUAAAGAAGCUGCAGAAGCAAAGAAUUAGUUUCAGAAUCUGAAGCUAAUCCCAGUUGUAACCAAAAACCUGUAUAUCUUUCUGUGUCUAAUAGCUACAUAUUAUUUGAGCUUUUGUGAUUAUGGGAAGUAUUUUGAGCUGAUUCUAGUAAUAAAUCGUAGAUGUGUUUUCUGACCUAUGGAAUGAAAUUUCCGUUCAUCAAAGAAGUGAUUUGCUGUCAUUCCAUACAGAUGAAAACAAAAUAUGCUUCCUUAGCAAUGCUUCUGCCCACAAAAUCAUGUAUUUUGCACUCAUUGUUGUGGUACAGUGACCCAUUAAACUUGCAGAUUUGCUGCACAAAUUAAGUGUAUCUAUAAUGGAAAAAAUGUUUCUCAUUUAUUUCCUUCCAUCAUUAUGUGGGGCCCAACCUUGCUCUGCUUUGAACUUCAGGCUUUUUCAGAAUUUAAUACAAACUUUCCCUUCCAUCACAAUAUUACAUAUUUUGUAACCUUAGUGAAGAUUCUGUGGCUUCAGUAGUAGCUCUUUAGAUUGAGUUUUAUCUAAGCUAGAUAUCACAAAGCUGUUGCCUCACUGACUGAGAAUGUGGGAUUCUAAUCACUUCCACAAGUUCACAACAACUACUUUUUUCUGUUGAAGGGAAAAUUUAUUUUUCCCUAGAAUGGAAACUUCCCAUGAAGUUUGCUUCUUAAUGGGUGCCUUAAAUUUCUUAAGAUUGCGCAGUAGAGGAUGUUGCUUCUACUCAAAAUUCCAUGAAUUAUUAAAGCAUUGGAAUCACAGGAGCCUUUAAAAUAGUUUCAGAACAUAGUCUGUCACACAGUAAAGGGAUUUAGAGUGUUUGUCUAAACAGCAAAAUGAAAAUAAUCAUAAGGGGAAAAUGUCAGUUUUGAUCUUUUUAUGUAUAUUUUUAAAAAAUGCAGUUCUCUUUGCAUGUUUUCAUCUGAUAAUUAUUUACACCAUAACUAGUUCUCUUACCUCUUAAUUUUCAUCUCAGGUACAAAAUCAGUAACCAGGUAUAGUCAAAGUACAUAAACAUUUUCAUCUCAUGGCCUUGCUUACUGUGCAGUCAACAAGUCAUGUCUGGUAUUGCCAGUGCUUUGAUUACAUCAUCAGCUUUUGAAGUAAUUGGUUAUAGUUAUUGUCUUGAACUGUGUGGUUAAAUACUGACAGUAGGUCAAGGUUCCCUGUCUGUCUUUAGUAGUAAACUUCUAAGUUUAAAAUACAAACUCUAGCAUGUUCCAUAAUUCCUGGUAGCCUAAAUUUUCCACUCUCUUAAAGUCUGUUACAAAAUGCACGCAGUGUGGCUUGAACCAGAAGGGUUGUGGUUUAUUUUUUUUUUUAUUUUUAUUUUGCACCCAGUAUUAUAAAACAUGAACAUCCUUGAUUUUGUGCACACUAUGGAGAAGCACAUCUUACAAUGGCACUGUACACAGUGAUAUUGAGGUGGGCAGUUAGUACUUACUGCUUUUAGUCAUAGUUGCAUAUUUUUGUAGAAAAUGUUGACUCCCAAGAGUAAUUAUAUGUUGAGUAUUUAUCUAGAUUGGAUAAAUUAUUUGUAAAAAUUCAUUUGAAUUUAGUGGAACAAGAAAAAAUUGUCAGUCUCACAGCUUGCAUGAUGGACCAUUGUAUUUAGUUGUUUCCAAAGCAAGAUGUACAGUACAAUUCUAGAAAAAGGGUCAGUGUUUAGUUGAAGUAUUGAGUUCUUAUUCUGUACAGUCUGCAAAGAACCCUCUGCAAAUUACUGUAAUUGUAUCCGAAGUGUAAAAUUGCUGUGACAAAGCUGAAAUUUCAAGUCAGUAUCAUCUUUGCAGUUAAUAUACCCCUAAACAAGGGCACUGUUCUCUUCCUUGUAAAUUGAGAUUGGAGAUUUCAGCAUGAAAGUCAGUUUGUAGAUUUUGAUGAUAAGACUUAAAUAGGUGCUUUUUUAGGCCAAAACUAGAGUAGAAAUGCUUUCAUGAAAAUACAAUUUAAAAACUAAUUUUACUUUUUAAAAUUUGUAAUUAGAAUGGAUGGGCUUUGAAGUACACUAAAUUUUGCAGUUGCAUAUCUCCAGUUUGAAAACAGCAUAUAAUUAUCUUACUUGACAUUCCUGAAACAAGAUAGAGAUAACUCUGAAAUUGACCGUGACCUUGCAUGGAAUAUCAAAAACCUAAGAAUUAUAUGCACUUGAAUGCAUGCAGGUAUAAAGCAGGGAAGUAGCAGAAAAAGCUGUUUUCAAAGAUUUAUUGAUUGAAAGUUUUACAGAGCUUUAACUAUCCUUACAGUCUAUUAUCUGGUUUUAGUAUUUGGGAGUUUAAGACACUUCGCUGCUGUUCUUUUUCUGUGUUUACUGUUCAUUUAAAUUUUCUGUGGAUUAAAUAAGAAGGGAGCCAAAAAUAGCUGGGUGUUUUUUUUAAUGAGUGUUCUGGUUAAAAUAAUUGUGAUAUAUUUAUUGAACAUUUUUAGCUUUUGGACAUAUUUGAAAUUUGGCAUAUUGAGAAAUUUUAACAUAUUACAUAAAAUAUAUUUAAACGUCGACCACAAAAUGUCCAUUCCCUGCUACUUAAAGAGGUUUGAAGGAUAAAAACAUCAACUAUAUCAAAGCAUUUUUUCAGAAAAUAUUUUCCUUCUGAUGUUGAAAGUAGGCAAGCCCAUGACAGCAGGACUUGAUCAUCACAUGCUCUGCAAACUUAGAGAUAAGGGAGCUCCCAGUGACUCCCAGUUGCCCAGCUGGGAACCUUCCUGAGCAGCCCUGUCCAGGCAGUUCAGAGAAUUCCAGCAGAGCAGUGGUGUGAGGACUCACUUCAGAUCAUGUGCUGUGUUCUCUUUUGUGUUGACCAAACCAAACAGAAGUGGCACUACUUUCAGGGAAAGGACAACACCUGAGUGUACAGUAACUGGUCAGAACUUAUUUAUGAAUGAAUGUUUAAUCAGAAGAUGUAAAAUAUUUCUUUAAAUAAUUAAAAGAUGGGCGAGAUUUUGGUUACCUUGUGACUUACACAGGCAAAGCCUCUAAGGUCAGUUAGGUCAUUGGUAAGGGCAUUGUUGGUUGUUUCAUAUUCAAAGAAGAUCAGAUUUUGAUUUUAAACUAUUCAGGGUGAAAGUGUAAAACAUACAAAAAGCUUUUUUAAAAAAUGAAUUUAGCAGCAGGGAGUAAACUUAGGGUGUAAUUAAUUUUUUCCUCUUCAAAAUAAGCAAAUUAUAGGACCUAUAUUAUUGAAAAAUUUGUUUCCAUUUCAUGUUAGCUCAAAAGGUUUUUACUGAGAUUUUCAUCACUGACUGCGUGCUGUGAGAGUAAAUCUGCCUGCGAGUUCAGAACCAGGAAGCUGAUUUAAUAGGGAUGUAAUCAGUAGGACUGCAUGCAGGUAGAGAAUAUUCUCUUGACAGGACAGUACCUUACACUUAAUGUAGGCUUUGUCUGGGGAGAAAAAAAUCUCAUUUUAUACAACUCCAAAAUACUUGUAACUUUGUAUCUACAUACCUUGCCAAUAAUUUAAACUUUAGCUACUUCAGCAGCUAUUUAAAUACUUUUAAAUUGUUUAUAAGAAAUUAUCUGGUAUAUUUAAUUAAAAUAAUCCCGUAUUAUGUUCUUUGUAUGUGUUCCAAGUGUUCCAAGUUAAUUUCAGCACGUAUUGCAAAGUUAAGUUGAAAAUCAUUUGUCUGUCCUCUGAGCACACUGGUCCUGUGUUUGCCAUAACGUGAUAAAAAAUUUUAAGUUAAUUGAAGCUAUUGUCCUGUGUUUGGUUAAAAUAAAUGUAUAAUUUUGAAAUCUAAUAUCUCCA